ACCAAUCAAAUACACUCCUGCACAAAAGAGGCAGCAGAUCACUACUUCUUUUGAUUGCAGAUUAUUUGCAUUACCUUUAUUAUGAAAGAAUAUCAAUGAUGGACAAUGACCUGAUGUUUUGUGAGGACAUCACGUGAUCGUAGUUGUCUCUGUGAUGAGAUGGUUGAUGAAUUGUUGCACCUCACUAACACUGGGCGUCUUCUCUGGUUUACAUAUAGGAUAAUAAAGCCUUGUACCAACAUGGGGAGAGACUGAGUCUCGCGUAGCUACUACUGUGUAGAGACGCGGGCACUCCCACGCCUCGAGUCUCCCUCUGCCACCCAUUGGUCCACUCAGCAUCUUCAGCACCACGCAGUCUGAACAGCGACACUCAGCCAUGCAGUUUCUAUCGGAGAGGGAUGCUGCACAGUUACUAUGACAAUGUUUAUCUCAUCAUCAUCAUCUUCAACCCUGGUAGCAUUGUUUCAUCAGUGUGUGUCGGCCGUUAACCGUCGGUACAUCUGUUAAAGCUCAUUGCCUCGAAGAGAGGAAGCUGUUUGUUUUUGGUUUUUUUCCACCACCACCACCACCAGCAGCAGCAGCAGCAGCAGCAGCAGCAGAACAGAUGCGCGGGCUCGGGGGUUUGCGUUUCUUCACCUGGUUUUCCCUCCGGUCGAGUCCACAGGCAUGACGGUCUGUGACACCGGAACCGCUCGGGCUUUAGGAAGCAGCAGCAGCAGCAGCAGCAGUAACAGCAGCAUCUCAUGUUCAGUGCCGCAUCCACAAGCCUCGCCGCCCGACCACCGGGUUCCCCGGUGUCCGCCGGUCACACGAAGGCUCUUGUGACAUGACAGCUCGCGGGAAGAAGAGGAGGAUUAAAGACUGCGGGCAGGGGUUGGAGAAGGAUAGGAAGGAAGAGGGAAAACUGAAACAGAGAAGACACAAAAUCCCUCUGUGAUUCUUCCUCCAUAUCUGCAGGACGUUUCUCUCUGUGGUCCUCAGAGAGUUCAGAGCACGGGGUCAAUCACAGAGCCGGACUCCAGGAGCCGCUUCAUGUGCCCGGGCAUCAUCAUCAGAGCAGGUGCCAGCUGACGCAGAUGGACCAAACCUGGAUCCUGGUCUCAUUAGACCCAUCUAAUGCUUUAUUGUGAUUCAGUUUGGGGCCUUUAGUGGAUGGUGGCAGCCACCUUUGCACAGUCUCAGCUGAUGCACAGCCUCACCGUGUUGACACUAGAGUCAGCCGCUGCUCCUGUCAGACUCACCUGGCUGCUUCUGACCAUCACCUUCACCUGCACAGACAUGGGCUGCAUCCAGAGCAUCGCCUGUAACAAGUCACGCAUCAAACGGGAGAACAUCGUGGUGUACGACCUGUCUGCCACCAUCGACCACUGCCCCACUGUCAUCGAGGAGAACUCGCCGAUAGUACUUCGGUACAAGACGCCCUAUUUCAAAGCCUCGGCGCGGAUUGUGAUGCCGCCCAUUCCACGCAAUGAGACAUGGGUGGUAGGCUGGAUCCAAGCCUGUACCCAGAUGGAAUUUUACAACACCUAUGGAGACAUCGGCAUGUCGAGCUGGGAGCUGCCUCAGCUGCGAGAAGGUCUGGUGAGGGCCAUCAGUGACUCAGACGGCGUGAGCUACCCUUGGUAUGGGAAUACAACGGAGACCGUCACCAUCGUGGGACCCACCUCCAAGCCGUCCCGCUUCAUUGUCAGCAUGAAUGACAAUUUCUACCCAAGUGUUACCUGGGCUGUGCCAAUCAGUGAAUCCAACACACCCUUACUCACUAACAUCAAACGGGACCAGAGCUUCACCACCUGGCUUGUGGCACUCAACACCACGUCCAGGGAAAAGAUCCUGCUCCACACCAUCAAGUGGAGGAUGAGGGUUGAUAUUGCAGUGGAUCCGUCCCUGCCUCUUGGCUCCAGAGCCAGGCUGGUGGGUCGGGUGCAUCAGGACCAGCCUCGGGUGCUGACCCGCAUGGAGCCCAUCCCCUCUAACGCCAUGGGGAGGCCCAACGCCAACGAUGCACAGGUCCUGAUGUGGAGGCCGAGGAGAGGGCCUCCACUUGUUGUUAUACCGCCCAAAUAGAGCGUUUCAUCACAUCACAGUGGGCCACUUCUGCAGCGAAUCAGCCAGACGAAAACAGACAUGGAAGCUCUGUAAGCAGGUUGUAUGACCUGUUAACGGCAUAAAUAAGAAUUAAAUCUUUGGCGUGUAACAUCUUGAAGGGACAACUGCCUUAAUUACCCACUGCUGCCUUUGACGAGCCAGAAAGUAUGUCAGUCUCGAUGCCAGGUGCUGUUGAGCUGCUGGUUCUUCAAGCAUUUAUUUCAGUCUCAGCACAACUGAGCAAAGAAUUGUAUACCUUUGAAAAAUUGGCCACCAGUGCUGGGAUGUAACACGACUCUGCGCUGUAGUCUGGCCCAGAAAAGAAAGAAACGAUGAAUCAAGCCUGAACACAGCAUGUUUUUUUUGUUUUUGUUUGUUUUUUUGUUUU